AUGAAUCAACCUAUAAAUCAAGUAAUUGGAGGUCUGCCUUUGGUACCUCAAAACGCUAAUAUCCCUGUAAAUGCAUCCUUUGAUAACCUAACUGCCAAACAAAAGUACGAAAUUUUAACUAAAGGUGCAGUGGAUCCGUUUACUAAUCGUGCUGAAGCACAAGAAGCAGAAAAUCAGACA